AAUAACUGUUAAGUGAUUUACCACAAGAAGUCAAUCAAAUUAGUCAACAAAUGUGAUAACAACAAUGACAACACUUAAGACAUCAUUUGAUCGGUUCGGCGAUGAUUUGGCUGAACUUAUCCUAAGAUAUCUAUCACUUGAAGAUCAGUUGCGUUUAGAGUGUGUAUCCAAACAGUUCCAGUCGUCGGGUAUUCAACAGCAAACAGACAUCAAUAACAUUAGGACAUUGAAUAUCUAUAGUGUUUCAAGUGUUUCGGGCGAAAAGUAUUUCGACAACAAUAAGUGGUUAUCGCUGAUGAAGAAGUGUCCAAAUGUCUGUAACGUUGAGAUUGCGGGUCCAAGAGAUUUUCGUACAGAUAUAUUGCGAGCCAUUGAUGAUCGGUGGCGCCAACUAUGGCCACAAUUGCGGCGAUUAGACUACUUGACUGUCAGUAUGACUGUUGAAGAUAUCGGGUUUUGGUGUCAAAAGUUUACGAAAAUGAUUACCAAUAUAUCGAUUGCCUGCAAAAAUGAUUACAAUUCACUGAAGACAUACUUGUCAUCGAUGACUAAUCUACGGGAUCUAUCAGUUGGUCUCAUAGAGCAUACGUUCAGUGGUGGUGGCGACCAAUUGCUGGUCAACGGUUUGCGCCGAUUUAGUUGCUAUAGACUGGACAAUCAGUUGACCAAAUUCGAGACAUUCAUUGCAGGCAACAGUGAUCUUCAGACACUUUUGCUAACAUUUCAUCUGAAAGAUACUGAAGAAACUGUUGUCUCAGUGCUGUCAUUGAUUGGACAGCGAUUACAACGACUGAAACAAUUGGAUUUAAUGUUUGUUCAGACAAUAAACCUGUCGAUAGCUAACCAAUUGAUGACAAUUGCCAACAGUUGUCGGCUAAUAAAGUAUCUUAAAUUACAUGUAUGGGUGGACUCAUUGGCCGCUUAUGAGGUGACAUACUGUUCUGUCAAACACAUGAAACAAUUGAAACGAUUAAAUUUUCAUCUAUUAUUUGAUAACAAAAAUUUAGGACGAUUGAUAACAAAAGUCGUUUGGUAUUCAACGGCAAACUGUUAUUAA